AUGCAUCCCCCCUUAUCGAUUCACAGGCACCCCAUGUGUGCUGAAGUUAUUGAAGAGUUCCAGAAGUGCCACAUCGACCAUCCUCUUGGGAAGUUUUUUGGUCACUGCACAAAUUUAAAAAUUAAGCUUGAUAGGUGUUUCCGUGAAGAAAAAGCUGUUAAGCGGAAGGCGAAUUUUGAAGCGAGCAAGAAGUUGAAAGAGAGAUUGAAGGCACAGAGGACGGAGAAUCGUGUGCUGGGAGAUGGAAAUAAUUUUGCACAAGCAUGA